AUGUGUCUUCGAACGAGUUGUGUUAGUAGAUACAUUUAUAAUCACACGCGCUGUUUGUCAUUCACAGUUGCAAACAGACAGGCAAACUCUGCUUAAUCUGUAUAUGAGAGCUCUCAUCCUGGGAGGUUACAGGUGUAAAGGAACCAUGUCUGAUGAAGGAGGGACCUGGAGCAGUGAUGAAGGUCAAAGGUGGGAUUCCAGUUUUACAGACCUGGGGGAGGACGACUUGAAAAAGGACCUUCAUAGAAGAGAAGAGUGGUCAGACAUCUCUGAUGAUGAAAGUCCUGCUGUUUAUGCCGAUAUCUCGCACUCAACAGCAUACCAAUACAAUGCCAUCCAGCCAAAGGGGACGGUGUGGGACAGCAGUUAUUUGUCCUAUGAAUCAUCUGUUGCUGUGCAUGGAACACCAGCAGCUUUCAGUUUCCCAUUUCAUCAAGACGGUGUAUUUUGGGGUCAGCAGCAGCAAGUGGUCUUACCUGAAGUUGCUUCAGGAAGCACUGAGUACCCAGUUGCGCCAUAUCCAUCAGUAUCAUACCCAUCGGCAUUAUAUCCAUCAGCCAUUUACCAGAUGAUGGAAGAAAAGACUAUGGCUUGUUCUUUGGAUGAAGGAAGAAAGAUGGAGGAAGAGGACAAGAAGAAAAGCAGAAAUCUGUCCUUUAUUGAACAGACAGUCGCUGAUGAAAGACACAAGGAGGAUCCACCCAAGGACAGUUGUCAUCUAGGCUCUGAACUCGAGGGGAAGGAACCAGUAAUCAGCAGCUUGGCCAGUGGACCGUCAUCAAACAUCGAAUCACUUGAAACAACUGCGAGUGGUCAUUUGUCACUGGAAGAACCUCAUGCACCAAACUCAUGCUCUUCAGGACAAAAACACAAUUAUUUAGAUCCUGUGAUGUUGCCAGAGUCUAAGGCUUCCAUGUUUCAUAGAGAGAGACAAUGUGAGAGCACAGUAGAAUCUGGGCAUAGUGGUUCCACGACCUCAAGGGAACGAGGUGAGUCAGCUGUUACUGUUUUUGCCUCCACUUCAGAGUUCUCAUUGGACAGAUGUCAUAAAGGUGGAACCGCAAUUCCAUCAGAACCAUUUGCCUCACACCAGUGCGAGGCAAACCCAGUGUGCAAAAACUCCAGUGAGCCAUUAGCAAAAGAAAUAGGGAUGUCUUCGCCUCUUGAAUCACCUCCUAAUGAAUGUGACGAAAAGAGGGCGAUCAUGGCUGAUCAGCACAGAGGAACAUUAGAGGAACUAAGUCUUGAUAUAUCUGGUCAGGACGCCACUAAUAUUAACACCUCAGAGGUCACACAGCACCCGGCUUUGGCCGAAAUUGACAACGUGAAGGCUGGAGGUAGUACACAAUUAGGUAUGGGGCUCACUAGAAUACUGAAAAAACAAAAACGGAAAGCAGGUCGGCCAUUUAAGAAAAAGACCCUGUUAAAGAUGUCAAAACUUCUAGAACUAGUUAAAGAAUGUGAGAAAGACGCUAAAGAUCCGCACGUAAACGAGGCUGCUGAUGUUCCUCUAAAGCAUUUGGUAAAGAGUGACAUGCAAAGACCGAAUGCCCUCCUCAACUCCCCAAAUGAUAAAAGCCUUCCAUGUACUAGUUCUAUUCCAAGUGAAGUGAAAGAAUAUAUUCACAGCCUUAGUAUAUCUCCACUACCUAAAAGGCCCAUUCAAGUCCCAAAAGCUCCUUCUUUGAUAGCUCUAUCAGGAAAUUCCAACCAAUAUGAAGAUUGUAUGGAACGUCCCAAAAAAUGUGUACAGGCUACACAAUUUAAAGGAAAAUCACACAAGAAAGCAUUGUGCAAACUGCAAAGAACUCAAGGGACGUCCGUUUUUAGUGUUCCCCAAGAUCCCAAGUCGGUACCAGAAACUGUGCUGGCCCGGAAGACUCGUCAGUCAGCAUCUCACCGCCUAAAGAGCAUCAGAAAAACACGAAAGAAAAAAGUAGAUAUGAAUACAGAGAAGUGGUCCACCAGUAGCCAAAGCAACAGUGUUACAUCAUCACAUAAACCAGUAAACCUGCCAGUAGUAGGUGAUGUUUCUGCCAUAAAACGGUCAUCAAAGCUAUCGUCAAAAGCUGUCGUCAAAGCUAGUACACGUAGCAGCGCUAAGAAAAGCUCUAAAAAGCGGGAUGGCAAUAUCAGUAAAAAUAUGGAAUUGAGGAACACUCCCCUGAUGCCCGCAAGAGUAGAACUGACAGAGAAACGGCGAAAAAAGAUAUCUGUAAAGUCAAGGAAGGCCGGUCCUCAGACAUGUCUUCAACCAAACAGUGCUGCCCCACACAUCAUCUUCCCACAGAAAGAUCAUGAAAAUACAAUUGCAAUGAAAGGGAAAAUCAAAAACGAAAAUAAACUAAGCCGUGCUAAAAGUGCCACUCCAAAAGGAAAAAAGACUGUGAAGGGUUAUGUGGCUGAUACGCAGAAUAAAUCAGAAUUGCUGUGUGAAGUCAUGGAUGCAAAUGAGUUGCAAGCUGAAAUGAUUGAUAAUUCAGAGGGAGUUCCUAUCGAAACUCAAACAAGUGUACAGAAAGAUUUCAAGAGGAAAGAAAAGGCCAAGAGGAAAGGAACACCUAAAAGAAGUAACAACCCUAACAACAGAACACAGAACAACCCUGAUGUCCUACCAUCUAUGACCGAUGAAACUGUGCUCCCUGAAACACUCUCUGAAAGUUCUCUGAAACCCUUUAAAAAAGCACCAAAGCGAAAUGCUAAGACAGCUUCUAAAAAGAUGCCAGCUAUUGAGGAGAAAGGACAAAACGACAUGGGACAGAUAGAACCUAAUGGCUUACCACUUGAAAAAGAUGCCACGUGUAGCAAGGAAGAUCUGAGUGUUUACAUUUCACAACCUCCACCGAGAGAAAAGAAGACAAGAAAGAGGAAAGCCACAGAGGAUGGAGAAAAUGGACAUCAAAAUCAAAAUAACUGCAGUGUUGAUCAAGUACCCAACUCAUCCAGAGUCACAUUAAAUGAAUCCGACCAUUGUAGUACACAACCAAAAUCAGCCAAACGGUGGUCUAACAUUGAACCUACACCAAAAACACAUCGAUACCGUCACCCCAAAAAGGAAACAAAAAAUGUCCUGGGAGCUUCACAGCCAGUUUUGACUGAAAAUGUUUUAUUACACACUGACUCUGAAAAGCUCACGAGUCAGGUACCUGAAAACAGUUUGUUUAAACAGAUGAAGUCACAUAAGAAAAGGGUAUCUGAUUUAAAAGAAGACGGCAAGUUGCCAGAGGUCAACAUUAAUACAACCUUACAUGGCAAAUGUAUUGUGUCAUCACCUAAAUCUCCACAAACCCCAAAAGGCAGCAGCUUCAAAAAGAAAGUCAGAGUUCCCAAGGUACAGCCUGCUUCUCAGGACAAUUCAUUGGAUAUGAGUACUGAAACAUCCCUCCUCAAAACCAGUACCCCAAGAAAAGUUAAGAAGGGAGAGAUGACCGUGCCCAAAAAGGAACAAGUUCAGUUGUCAAUUGUAAAUCGCAGUUUUGACUUUACAGAGGAAGAGUUUCAUGUUCCUGUUAUAAAAGUAACAUCCAGGAAAGAUGUUCCACUUGAAGUGACAACACCCAAACAAAGUUGUGGGAAAAUGUCAAAAAGAAAUUCUGAGAGAGUAAAAAGAGCAAGAACUGGUGCAACUAAAAGCGAAACAUCUCAGGAACCCAAUGAAUUUAUCAGCACCAAAACCUUUUCAGAACUGCCUGAAAUAAAACCAGAACCUCUCGCUAUGCCACUUUCCGCCACUAAACCUGUGAAAAAAACAAACAAACAAAAAACACCAAAAUCAUCUUUGGAACAGUUAGUGGUAGGGCACAGUGAUUCACAGAAACUGAGAGAAAACAGCAGUGUUAAUAAGGUUGAUGAGAAAGUUGAUGGUAAAUGCACAGAGAUUAAAAUAGAACAGGCAGAAUUUGCAUUGUCAGCAGUAGACAUGGGACAUCCUGCAGGUUUACAGCAGAGCUCGAUGCAAACAACAGAUUAUGUGGCAAUGUUGAAACGAAAACCUGGCCGGCCGUUCAAGAAAAAGACUCUGUUAAGAAUGGCUAAAAUUCUUGAAAUAGUUCAGGAAACCGAGUCUAGUUCUACGGAUAAUGGUGGCAUCACAAAUUAUGUUGAGGGAGUACUCCCCAAAAAACAGCAUCAGCCACGAGUGGAAAGAGAAAAGGUCAAAGCCUUAGUCACUCCUACAAGAAGGUCACUUCGAACAGUUCUUCCUGUCAAGUCUGAGAGCAGCCUCCAUCCUUUGUCAAAAAUCUCCAUGGACACUGAUCAUGAAGAAAAUACUGACGCAUCUUGUUCAAGUACUUUGAAUAGACUGUCCUCACCUGAUAAAUGCUUCACUAAUACAAUAGCCUUAGAUUCCAAUGAUGCAUCAGUGGAUUACACUGAUCAACAAGAUCCUCAAAAAGUGACUGAAGUUGAGAGCACAGCUGUAAGGGCUCUGAAGAAAAGGAAGAAAAGAAAAGUGUUCAAUCCUAAGAAAAAGAAGAUGAGGUGGAGAAAGCUCUGUCAACAGUUGGCUAAUGUUACUGCCACACAACAAGCAGCCCUUUUAUCAAAUACUCAGGGUGGUGCCUGUGUCUCUACUAACAUAGAUGUUUCAUGUAAGGUAUCUUCUCUCCCUUUGUCAUGUAAAGAGGAAGAACUAGAGCAUGCCAUUUUGCACAAACCAAACACAUCAAAGACAGAAUCUGGAACACCGCUUCAGACUCUCAAAACCCCUUUAAGUGGUUCCAAAUCAAAAACACAGAAGAAGGGAAAGACAGGUGAUCUGCAGACGCUGAGGGCACACCAGACCUCUAGGAUUUGCUCUACAAAGAAGCAAGACGACAUCGAGGGCUUCUUGGUCCAGAUGGGAGUGGAUGGUCAGAGUUAUGACAGGGACUCGGACGUAAGGGUUCACUGCAGGGAUUGCUGCAAGUCUAGUGGUGAGGAGAAGGCCUGCUCUGGACCCUUGACUGACAUUUGGAUUAGCCAAGAAACAGAAGAGGCUUCUCUGCUUUCUCAGGAGCCAGAUUCCCCAGAACAUAUGGAUGAGCAGACAUUCAUUUCCCCAGAUAAAUCUCCAGUCCAUCCACACCCGCUGGAAACAUUCCUCAGCGAAGAAAGCCUUAACACUCACCAGUGCGAGAAUCACAGGCCCCGUCGAACACUGAGAUGCGAGGUCUGUGGAAAGGGCUUCUCCAGUUUGAGAAACUGGGUUAAACACAGUCUGCUUCACAAUGGGCGCAGUUCCCACAGCUGCCUCCUGUGCUACCAGUCAUUCACCAACAACCGUGCCCUGCAGAUCCACUUGAAGAUGCACAACAAUGACCUCAGAUUCCCGACGUCUGAAAUCCCGUCUGAGCCUCUUCUGUUUCCACAUCAGUGCUGGCACUGUAAUGCCAGUUUCUCCUCUGGAGAGCUGCUCUAUGCCCAUCAGAUAUGCCACGCUGUAGGGGGAAAGCCUCCAGCUAGGCCAAAGGGUGCUCCUACUGGCCAAAGAACCACCAAUGAUGUCUCAAGGACACUGCCUCAGCCCACUGUUCCGGAAUCACCUUCUGUUCUAGUGCCAGCUGUGGAAGAAAAAGCUCCUGUUCCAGAGAUCACUGACGAAAGCCUGUUUCACUAUGCCCAUCCUGACAGCCUCUAUGUGGCUCUUCAGCUAGCCAUCCUCGGGAUGAACCAACUCUGA